AUAAACUAGCAUUGUCUAAAUACACAAAAAAUGAUGACGUUUUUUUCAUAACACCAAGAGCGGGGAUAUUGGAUUUCAUUCUUUUUUUUUUCAAGAAAACGUCAAAUGACACAAGAGGGAUUUACAAUUGGACUCAUUCGAGUUGGCGAUAAUGUUAAAAAGUAUAAGCUGAUUGAUUUUCGCGGAAAAGACGAGAUAACAGUAGGAAGAUCACAGGAUGCCACAGUUUGCAUCUUGUCCCCCAUGAUCUCGAGAUGCCAUGCUGUGUUUAAAAAAGAUGGAGAUACUUGGAGCAUUAAAGAUAAUAAGAGUCUUAAUGGAGUAUUUAUAAAUGGAAAGCAACUAGAACCACACAAGUCCCAUACUUUACAAGAGGAUGACAAAGUUCAGUUUGGAGUUCCAAAGGCUGGUGAGAAAGCAGCUGAGUUCAUCUUCAAGUUUCAUUACAAGAUUAAAGUUAAACGAGUAAGACCAAAAAGUUCUGAUGAACCAGACUGCUCUAACAACAACCAGUUUGAUAAAGACCGAAAUCCACUAAAACGACUAAAACUGAACUCUGCUGAAAAUGAUUUGGAUGACAAACCUUCAUGCUCCAAGGAAAAUAUUCAGAAAAAGCAGCUUCCAUUUGAUGAUUAUAAGGAGAAGCUGAACAAGCAGAAGCAAGAAGCAGAUUCCAAGUUAAAGGAAUUUGAAACUAAACUUGCAGAGAUGCAAAAAAUGCUGAAAGAAAAGGAAGAAAAACAUGAGGAGAUGAAGAGGCAGUUAGAGGCGGAGAAACAGGAGCGAGAAAACCAAACACUGCAGAUGAAGGAGAAACUAAAGGAGAAGGAGGAUGAGAUGGAACACCAGACCAGUGAAAUGAGAGAAAGAUUAAAAGAAAAAGAGCAGGAAUUAGCAGCAGAACUACAGAAACGAGAGGAGGAUGAAAAGAAAAUGAAGGAGGAAUUAGAAAACCAGCUGAUGAGCAAAGAGGCAGAACUUCUUGAACAGCUUCAGACACAAAAAGAGGGGCUUAUCAUAGAGAAACAGAAAGUGGAAGAGAAUUUACAAAAAGCCAUGGAGAAAGCACUGGAGGAGAAAAACCGGGAACUGGAAGAACAACUUCAUAAAGAAAAGGAGAGACUAGAGAAGGUAAUUACACAGAAGGAAACAGAACAAAAAAUGUUGGAAGCCCAGCUGCAGGCAACAAAACAAGAGAAUGACCAUCAGUCAGAUGCCAUACUUCAAGCUCGACAGGACAUACUGACUAAUUUUUCGGACUUGAUGGAAACAGAGCUACAAUGCAGCAUCUGUAAUGAAUUAUUUAUACAGGCAACAUCUUUGAAUUGUUCUCACUCUUUCUGUGCAUUGUGUAUUGCUGAGUGGAUGAAGGUGAAAAGAGAAUGUCCAAUCUGCAGAACACCAGUCACCUCACAAAUGAAGUCCAUCGCUCUGGAUAACUAUAUAGACACCAUGGUGGAGCAUCUCAGUGAAGAGUUAAAAACAAGGAGGAAACAGCUUGUCACUUCCAGAAAAGAGGAACAGGAAAAUAUUGAAAGGCAAAAGCAAGAGGCAGCAAGAGCCAACAACAGAACAAAUAACAGGGGAGCCAGAGGUGGGCGGGGAAGGAGGAGGGGUCAAGGUAGAGGUGGGAGGGGCCAACGUCAAGCCCAGAACACCACUGAAAACAGAGCAGGACAUCGGCCAAUCAUAAUAGAGAGUGAUGAUGAGACAGAUGGAGGGCCUGUGGAGGUUGGUUUAGUGGAAGAGGAAGUGGUGGGGGAGGAAGCUGAGGAGUUAAGUGACAGUGACGAUGUCAGUAGCAGUGACAGUAACGCCCAUUUCUACAGCGACCCCUCAGACAGUGAUUCAAUAGAGGGAGAGGAUGGGGUUUAUUAUGGAGGAUAUGGUCAUUGCUAUGUUUGUGGUCACAGGGGCCACUGGGCCAAUGGAUGCCCGUUUCGGUAGACAAGUUUUGGUAGACAGAAUUCCUGCCGACAAAUAGUCACCCCAUGUGUUCUCUGAUGUUUUAAUUUGCUCUUUAUAGCAUGGAAUAUUAACUUUUAAAAGUGUUUUACUUUGUCAAUUUGAGAUUUUACAGUAGUUCUGGCUGGGCUGUCAUUGAUGGAUUAAGUAUCCAUAUAUCAAUUUGAAAUUUGUCAAUAUAUAUUGAUAUCAUAAAUGAAAACUAGUGCUUUAAGAAAUGUUUUUCAUCUUGUUUAAAAAAUCAGUUGUCUUUUGUUAGAAUGUACAUGUGAAUGCAUCAUGAGUAAGUUACUACAUGUAGAAUUGUUACAGCAUCUGAAAACCAUAUGUAACAAAACAACUGAUUAAUAUUAGCUGUCUGUUGCUUUAAAUGAGAAAUAUAUCACUGAAUUAGUACUGUAUACAGGGUUAUUUUCGCCCCGUGUUAUUUUCGCCCUUUCAGAUUCGAAAUUAAGUUUGCCCCAUUUUAAAUUCGCCCAGAAAUAUUUUUGUUUCAGAUAUUAUACUGUUUACUUUGAAUUCGUCCCGUUUUAAAUUCGCCCACUUUCGACGAGGGCGAACAGGGCGAAAAUUAAAUGGGGACGAAAAUUUCCCGGUAUACUGUAUUCAUUGUGUGGAUGUAUAAAAUAAUUGUUUUCUCUUGAAGAGUAAAGAUGUACGUUAUAAUUUUAUAAUGUGUCGUUUAUAAGAACUCUUGCUAGUGUGCCAGUAUUCAAUCUUCCUCAUAUUUUUUUGUCAGUUCUGUGUUACUUUUUUUAGUCAAUUUUUUUUUAAUUUCAUGACAGUAAUGCUCUUUUUCUGAUUAUUCAUUACUAAUGAAAGUUUUGUAAUUUUAAGUUUCACAGUUUUACUCAGGUAUGACCAAUAGCAAAAAUAAGACUGAUUUAAAAAUAAAGAUUUACAUGUUAUACAUGUACAUAUAGUAUUGAUAUUUUAAAGGGGCAUGGACACAGUUUCAGCUAAAAUUUCAAAACUUAUUUUUCCAUUUUUACAAAUAUUUAACUAAGGUCUUUCUAAUGAUCAUCAAAAAUUUGAACGCCAGUUGUCCAGAUACAAGACAGAUUUAGAGCUCCAAACAUUUGUUAUGUAAACAAGGCUAGUGUCAUGUUUUUGUUUACUCAGGUUAAUAUACUAAUAUAUGUUUGUUCAAAGUAGAUAACUUCAAAUAAAAGUUAAUUUUAAAUAUCAUUCUACAGCUACUAUUGAUUUGCUGAACUUCAUUUUGUUAAAAAUAUGAUAUUUUCUAUAUGUAAACAAAAACGGGCAUGAGCCUUGUUUACAUUAUGAAGAACUUUAAGUUCUGUAUCUUGUUUGUUAAUCAACAAUUGAUGUUCAAAUUUUUGCUAAUCAAUAGAUGAUGCCUUAGGUGGGAAUAGUAAACAUUAAAAUUGGUUUUAAAAAAUCAGUUGAAACUGUGUCCAGGCCCCUUUAAAAUCAAUAUUUUGUUUCAGUUGUUACAUUACUACACGUCAUCAAUGACAGUCCUGAUUAUUGGUACUUUAUUAAACUUAUUUGAAAUUC